AAAAGGUAUUACCUAAUCAGUGAUCUUUCCAUGGUCACUGGGCAAGCAGUAGUGCAAAUUUAAAGAUUUAACUCCCACUGAGGAUACGAGCACUAAAGCUAGAGAGAUGAACAUUCGUGGUUUAUUGGUGUUAGCCCUUGUGGCGUGCAUCGCAGUUACUUUAAUCGAUGCCAAAUCUCUUGGCAAACACAAGAAACAUGGCAAAAAACACCAUGUGAAACACGCGAAAAAAGCGGACACUCCUGAUGAUGCCGCCGCUCCUGGUGGAGCAGGUGACGCUCCCGCUCCUGCUGAUGCUCCUGCUCCCGCUGAUACUCCUGCUGACGCCAACACUGACGACGCAGCUGGCGGUGACGAUAAUGCAGGAGAUGCACCAGCCCCAUCACCCAGUUCUGACGAUGCUGGUGAGGAUGAUGCUGCUCCAAAUGCUGCUCCUCAACCCAACAACGAUGCUAACGGCAAUGGUGUUGAUGAUCAAUUAGAACAACAACAAAAUAACGACGCCAACGGCGAUGGAAUUGAUGACAGACUUCAACAACAACAGCAAGCACCUCCAGCUCCAGGACCAGAAGAAGAGGAAGGAAGCGCCAGCGGCGCACCACCAGUUGACGUUGAACUCCCAAAACCAUUACCACGUUUGUGUCCAGGAGAUUGUGACCAAAAAUGUGCUCCUGCCUGCCAUGAUUUUUGUUGUAGUGGCCAUCCCGAUAUGGCAAGAUAUCAGGAACAACAACAGAUGCCAACUACACCUUGCAACCCAGCAUGUGCCCCAUCCUAUACCCCUUCCUGCUGUGGAAGACCGAAUGGUGGACCAAUGGCUCCCCCUGUAUCUGCCGCUCCCUCCUGUGCCCAGCCACCUUGCCCUCAACCUGCCCCUCAAGUAGCAUCUCCAUGUGCGCAACCACCUUGCCCACAACCUGCACAGUCAAUGGCAUCUCCCUGCGCUCAACCUCCCUGCUCCCCGCCUGCACCACCAGUUCCUUCUUGUGCUCAACCACCAUGUAGUCAGCAAGUAGCACCGCCUCCACUCCCGCCCAUGUGUACUCCUCAACCAGCUUGCACACCUCCUCCAGCUCCCGCAACAUGUGCCAGUGGGCUAGUAAGGUGUGUACCAGCGCAACCAAUAACCCCACCUGGAUGUCAACCACAACCAGGUUGUACACCACCACCCCCUCCCGUUCAGUGUUUACCGCCAGGUAGUUGUUUGCCUGAGGAUCUUCCAGAGCCCACUGAAAAACCCAAGCCUAUUGACGUAGAAGUAAUACAAUGUCAACCACCCUCUCAAUGUAAUACUCAACCACAACCAUGCACAGGCUCUUCUUGCAUGCCCCAACAGCAACCAUGCACAGGCUCUUCUUGCAUGCCCCAACAGCAACCAUGCACAGGCUCUUCUUGUAUGCCUCAACAACAACCAUGCCAAGGUUCAAUGUGUGCCCAACAGGCUCCGCAAGUUCAAGGGUGCACAGGAAGUACAUGUGCUCAACAAGUAACACAACAAACUCCUCCAUGCACUGGCUCUAAGUGUGCUUCAUCUUCUCCGUGUCCGGCAGGUGCACAAUGUCCGUCCCAAUCUUCUCAAAAACCCGCAUGUCCAGCUAGUUGCAAGCGUGUUUGCAGUUCUAAGUGCAGCAAACAUUGCUGUUCAAAAAAGGCCAAAGUUAAAACUCACAAAAAAAGCAAAAAAGAAAAACAUUAAUUUCUUACCAUUUCUACGUGUAUAGUUUAGUUAGUUUAAGCUUUUAUAACCAUAACCGUUUUAGGUGCAAUGCCACCACCACCACCACCAAAACCACAAACACCGCCACCAAAA